AUGCCGACGCUCAUCGAUAUCCCUGCGGAGCUGCUCGAAGAAAUUCUCUCGUCAUUGUCAGUUUCGGACUAUUCCACACUCAGUCGCACUUGCAAGAUCCUACAUACCUUCUUUUCACCUCGCAUUUACCAUACGGUAAAUUGGUCCUGGGAGGACGACCAGCCAUCUCCGCCCUAUCAUCUGCUACUCCGAACCCUCCUCGGUAACGCUCGUUUAGCCAGCUACGUCAAAGUACUCAAAUCACGUGGCGGUGGAAUCGUUAGAAGAGAAGAAUGGGAAACCGGCGACUGUGACUACGAUAGUAACUCAGGCUGGCGACCAAUAGAAAGCGCGCGGAGUAUAUGGCUCGAUGGCCGUCGAGCGAAAUCUUCGUUCAAAUCUACAGACGUACACAGAGUCAUCAACCUCAUCUCAUCAAUUGCCUCUUCUAGCGCGCACAAACGUGAAUGGAUUCUAGAGUUUGACAGAGGGAACGUGGAUGUCAUCAUGGCUUUGAUCUUACACCAAAUUCAGGACAUCGAACGGUUAGAUCUCGGGUUUGGGUUCAUGCAACGCUCCAAAUUCAUUCCUAGGGUGUUCCGACAUCUUAUAGACGCUCAAAAGUCUAUUGCUGUUUUUCCACACCUCAUCUCUGUCGACUUAGGUGUUGAUGGCCCGCACACCCCCAGCGGAAUCUGGUCAGAUCUUGAUCAAUCUCGUCUCUUCUUCUACCUGCCCAAGAUAACCUUUUUCAACACCAUCUUCCUGGAACCAUCUGUAUUUGCGUGGCCGUCCCCAUCUAUAACACCUCGGUCUGAAUCGCUGUUGAGCUUAACCCUCCGGAAGUGCACUGCCUCUGAAGAUACCCUUGAAAAGAUACUGUCCUGUACGCCCCAACUAAGGCAUCUCGUUUACGACCAUUACCGUAUGGUUGCAUGCGGUAUACCUCACUGGGAAUCCUACAAGGAGUUAUGUUGGACUGGAACAGUUAGACCCAAAGUCCUCGUUCACGGUCCGCGUUUGAGCAAGGCUUUAGCACACGUGCAAAGUACGCUCGAGAGCUUAGUGCUCAAAGUUCGAUUCAAAAGCAAAGGAUAUUACGACAUUAAAGAUCUGGGGAACACUGAUUACUUUUGCUGUCUGGUUGGCCGCGUUACAGGCUUCGACAAAAUGCCAAAUUUAACGAGCUUGGAAAUCUCCUGGGCCCUUCUUCUUGGUUGGGAUCCAGACUUCGAGGAAGUUCAAGCCAGUUAUAGACUUGAUUUCGAUUCACAGGAUCCGUUCACACUUGAUCCCGGCGUGGAUCACUUCCCGUGGCCGGCCAUCUUGCCAUCCACAAUUCAGACUCUCCGGCUCCGAGAUGAUCUCAGUGACUUUUCACAUUAUCCGUACAGAAAGAUCGAUCCCAUCAACCUUUUAGAACAUCUUCUAUACGCUCGCAAAAGCAGCCUUAGGGCUCUAGCUCGCGUGGAAUUUCUGUUCAUCUGGAACCAAUGGUACGGUAGAGAAGGAUGGCCGAAGGUACUGAUGAAGAAAUUGCUGGAUACAUGUAAAAGGGAUGGUAUCAAGUGCAGGAUUUUGCAGGAAGAGCUUGUGCGAAAGUUGUCAGAAUUGGUCGACGUAAUUGUUUUUGAUGUCAUCCAUUCCUCUUGA